CGCACCACAACUCAGAUCCGUCUAAAUCAUUCACCUUUUAUGCUUCGUUAAAAGCUUCCCUACCCAUGUCUCCACCCUCGAAGCUCUCCCAAAGCCUCCAGCCAACCUUUCUGCUUACCUUACAGAGCUGCCAGAAAAAUGGCCAGAAAAAGAUUACCCAUUCUCCAAAAGCUCUCAAAUCUUCUCAAAGUUUCAAUCUUCGUUGCCAAAAUGAGAAAACCCAUCAUUCCUAAGCUCAUUUUUCUUAAGAAAGCAAGGAAGCUUAAGAAGUUCAAGCUUCUCAAGCAUUACAACUAUGGUUUUCUUGAAGAGUACCAGUUCUCUGCUUCGAGCACUCCCCUCUUUCAGUACCACAGAAACCAGUCCAAAAGCCGAAGGCUUCGAAAUAUCUAUUCGAUGUUCUUUCAUUGUACAUGUUUGGGUAGUUUGGGAGCUGAAAAAGGGAAUGCAGAUUAUAGAUUAGAAUCUUUACCUGCUUUGCCUGCCAUUGCAGGGCAAUUCUUGGAGCCGUUUGAUUCGGGAGAUGAAGAAGAUUCAGUUGAUCAAAGGGCUGAGAGGUUUAUCCGGAGAUUCUACGAAGAGAUGAGAAUGCAGAGGCAGGAAUCGCUUUAGCAACUCAACCAAGUGCUGAACAUGGAUUAAUUUAUUUACCCAAAAAAACAGAGGAAAGAAAACAGAGAAAGAAGUAUUGGACAUGGCAUGCUGUUAUCAAGUUUUGUUGUUUUUGUUUUAUUUAUUUUUUGUUCCUUUGCUGUCUAUUCUCCACAAGAUUUUUGUUGAUGUGGAGAUAGGCUUUGAUUUCACUGUUUGUUCAGAGAUUUUUCACUGUGUGGAGCUGUGAAUUUUUUUAUUGAGUGGCAGAGUAGUUGGUUUGAAUUAAUUAUUCAAUGUAGCUAAGUUGCCAUCUUUGUUAUUGAUUUGAUUGGAUGGAGAUAAGCAGUGGAGCGUAGGGCAUCUGGACGCACUUUCCUGGUUUUGGUCAAUGUCUUUAUUCUUUUCUGGUAUGGAUUGGCGUUUGCUAAUAGUCAA